AUGAUCAAGAUCAACCCCGUCAUUGUACACAUCCUUCUCAGCCUCGUGCUGCUUGGGAUCGCCAUCGGCGUCCACGUCCACGCCUCAUCCUUAUCCCUCCCCAUCUCGCCCGCCGUCUCCAUCCUCACCAUCCUCCUCCCCGUCUCCGGGUUUCUGAUCAACAUAUUCUACUCUCUCCACGGUCCAAUUUCGUCGUCCUCCUCCAACAGAGUUGCCAAGCUCGCCCCGUUGAUCAUCCAGGUGCUCCAAGGCCUCGCAACAACCAUCCUCGCGACCAUCCUCUUCGAGACGAUUCUGCCCUCCUCCACUUUGGAUUGUAUGCUCGAAACACAGUGGAUGCACAUGUUUCGCGCCCAUGAUUCCCGCGGGAUACAGAGUAUUCAAGAUGCGUACGACUGCUGUGGGCUAAACACGAUCCUGGAUCGGGCCUAUCCGUUCCCUCCAGGGAAAGCGAACAGAUGCGCCGAGAGAUAUGAGCGGAGUGCUGCCUGCAAAGGGCCAUGGAGAGGAGCACUUCAGAAGACUUUGGGUGUAGAUUUAAUUGUUGUGAUCGUAGUCGGUCUUAUACAGGUCAAGAUAAUUUGUCUCGUCCUUGUCAAGGACGGCAUGGGCUCAUGGAAUGCCUGGGGCAAAUAUCAUCGAGGCCAAACAGAUGAUCAUCAUGAGAGCCGUCGUUCCCUGUUGCCGGGGCCAGAGAGAUCUAUUGUAGAGGAAGAAGAGACUCCAUCAGAACGGUCCAACAAGGGGAAAGGGGCACAGGGGUAUGGAAGCCUAACUUAG